AUGCUGUCCCUUGCCGAAAAGCUAGAUUUCGUGCCCGCCCUGCUCUCCGUCAUCCUGACCGUUGCCUGGGCCAUUGUCUCCGGCCUCUGGCGCUCGUCCGCCCAUCCUCCCACUUUCCUCCUCCAUGUAGGUUACGCUGCAUUUCGCAAGGCGACUGCCCGCUUGUCGGUGGCACAGAUGCAAGCGGUGCUGCCGCCCUCCAACCGCAUCUACGAGCGCUACGUGCGCCGCUCGCGCAUCGCCCCGGACACUGUGACCCUGCCGCACGGCGCUCUGGGCCAUUGGAUCGGGUCGCGCAAGGCUUCCUCUGCCUCCUCCACCGAUGUCAAAGUCUUGGUGUGGUUCCACGGCGGCGGGUUCGCCCUGCCCGCCAAUAUCGGCUACUUCCACUUCUUUGAGCGCCUGAUCGCCGACGCCCAGCGCACCGGGAAGUCCCUGGCCGUCUUCAGCCUCACCUACACGCUGGCGCCCCAGGCCACAUAUCCCACGCAGCUGCGCCAGGCCGUCGAGGCCGUGCGCUACGUGCUGGACCAAGACUACGCACCCGCGCAGAUCCUCCUGGGCGGCGACUCCGCCGGCGGAAACCUCGUCGGCGGCGUGCUGUCUCAUCUGGCGCAUACGCAUCCCGCGAUCGCCCCCGUGUUGCUGCCUAACGACGCCCCUCUAGCCGGGGCCGUCAUGAUUGCCCCCUGGGUCAGCAUGAAUACCGACUAUACGGGCGAGGAGAUCGACUCGCGCGGCGAUCUCAUUACCCCCGCGGUGGCGGGUCCCUGGGCCAGUGCGUAUCUGGGCACCGCGACGCGGGACUUCUAUACCGAUCUGUCGACGGCGCCGACAGAGUGGUAUGCCAAGUUCCCCGUGGAAAAGGUGCUGGUGUGUGCCGGCGGCAGUGAGAUCCUGUUGCCGAUUAUCAAGGAGUUCGUGGAGAAGUUCAGCCAGGGGUUCGAGCGGGUGGAGUUCUGCAUCGGCGAGAGGGAGGGUCAUGUGGCGCCGAUUUAUAAUCUGCAUCUGGGGGAUCAGACGGAGACGGCGCAGGGGAAGAGAGUGAAGAGUUGGUUGAGGGAGGUAUUAUAA